CUUCUAGAUUAUAGUACCUACAGCCAAGCUGCAGCCCAGCAGGGCUACAGUGCUUAUACCGCCCAGCCAACUCAAGGAUAUGCGCAGACUACCCAGGCAUAUGGGCAGCAAAGCUAUGGAACCUAUGGACAGCCUACUGAUGUCAGCUAUACCCAGGCUCAGACCACUGCCACCUACGGGCAGACUGCAUAUGCGACUUCUUAUGGACAGCCUCCCACUGUAGAAGGGACCAGUACAGGUUAUACCACUCCAACUGCCCCCCAGGCAUACAGCCAGCCUGUCCAAGGAUACGGCACUGGUGCUUAUGACACCACCACUGCAACAGUCACCACAACCCAGGCUUCAUACGCAGCUCAGUCUGCCUAUGGCACCCAGCCUGCCUACCCAGCCUAUGGCCAGCAGCCAGCAGCCACCGCACCUACAAGACCACAGGAUGGUAACAAGCCCACUGAGACUAGUCAACCUCAAUCUAGCACAGGGGGUUAUAACCAACCCAGCCUAGGAUAUGGACAGAGUAACUACAGUUAUCCCCAGGUACCUGGGAGCUACCCGAUGCAACCAGUCACUGCACCUCCAUCCUAUCCUCCUACCAGCUACUCCUCGUCACAGCCGACUAGUUACGAUCAGAGCAGUUACUCUCAGCAGAACACCUACGGGCAGCCGAGCAGCUAUGGACAGCAGAGUAGCUAUGGUCAACAAAGCAGCUAUGGGCAGCAGCCGCCCACUAGUUACCCCCCUCAGACUGGAUCCUACAGCCAGGCUCCAAGUCAAUAUAGCCAACAGAGCAGCAGCUACGGGCAGCAGAGUUCAUUCCGACAGGACCACCCCAGUAGCAUGGGUGUUUAUGGGCAGGAGUCUGGAGGAUUUUCCGGACCAGGAGAGAACCGGAGCAUGAGUGGCCCUGAUAACCGGGGCAGGGGAAGAGGGGGAUUUGAUCGAGGAGGCAUGAGCAGAGGUGGGCGGGGAGGAGGACGCGGUGGAAUGGGGUAAGAGCAAACCUUUUCUCCUUUUACCUAACUGUGUUUCAUCCAUAGGGUUUUCAAUGGAAAGAAGGGACUGAAAGACAUAGAAAUUUAUUCGAUAUUUCCAUGGGCAAUCUGUUGAGGUCAAGCCAUCUUCUAAAACAUGGAAAUGUCAUUUAAGUGGCAGCUUGCUUUUUUCCCUGCCAGUAACCUUUGUUGGGUUUGGGUGAACAAAGAAUUGUUUUGAAACUAGAGCUUUCAGUCUCCUUCAUGGUUUUCAGAGGUGAGAGCCUCUUUGGGUAAUAGAUUUGGGAUGGAACACACACAACCCUUCUAACAACCCUAGGUUUUAACUAAUGUCCUGAAUGGUUGUCUUGAAAUACCUGGUGUAUGUACUGCAGAGAAAGAAUGCAGCUGUUUUCCAGUGUUUGUGCCCAGAAUUGUUGAACAUGAUGAAGACUGGCCCCAUAACCCUUAAACCAUGGCCUGAGGUGCCCUGAUACAUAGUUAAGUUAUAGCACAGAACAAUUUUAGUAACUUCCUUACAGAGUAAUGUGUAUGAAUAUAGCAUCACUCCCUGUUGCAGGUCUCAAAAGUCUAAAUUGGUUUGACCAUUGUGAUUGAUGGCACGAUCUGGUUUAGAAAAUUGUUUAGAUCAGUAAUGUGACCCUGCCGCCUCUGCCUACCCUUUCCCCCCUCCCUCCAUCCCUCUUCCCUUUCUGGUGUCUAACUUUGAUGAAGGUGAGGUAUGAUGUUGGUGGUUAACAUAAUCCAGAUUUAGUUAUGUGUGUGUUCUGUCCCUAUAUAAACUAGUAAAGAAGUUAUGCAGAAUGUGGUAGUGACUAAAUUUGAUUGGGGUAACUGCUAAAAGAAAAACAAGCAAUUCUUAUUUAUAGAAACAAA